AAACUGGACUUUUACCUCAUUAAAAACAGCAUACCGGAGGUGUUAUCACAAACUGCAGAUGUCGCACAUCUCCCAUGAGAUUUCUGCACCUCUCGUAUCAACUUGUCAGACGGCCCCAGUCUCGCGCUAUUUAUGAAGGGCUCUCCCUGUGGGUGUCACACAGGUCUGAUGCUGCAGCAGCUGCUGCUUCCUGUAUUGAAGCACCACCACCAGACAGAGCCAAAGCCCUUUUCGCUUCAGCGCCCCACACCCCGAACCGAAACACGGAGGAAUUUGUAGCUCGGACGCCGCCGUCCUGCGGAGGGAAGACAGCCGAGUCGGUCUCCCGGUGUAGCUGCCGGUAAAACCGAGGCGGCCCGUUGUCUUGUGAAAGCCGAGAAGCGAGGGGCUGCACGUUAGGACCGAGAGACGCAGGGCACGAUUUUUCCUGGAGCUGGUGCUAGCUAGUAGCGGCUAGGUGGCUAAUGGCUAGUAGCAGCAGGUAGAUCCAAGCCAGAAGAAGCUAGAAAAUAGAAAUGUGUUCACUCCGACAGCUAUAGAUGCACCGGAAAACGACCUGACGAUUUUCCCUGAUAGCUGACUGACAUGCUACCGAGAGUGUACUAACUUUGCUAACGUUAGCUAGCCAAGUUACUAGCCACCAAGAGCUGAUCCUGUUGCUUUUUUAGAUUGAGUUGCGAGGAGGGAAAAGGCUACAUUAGCAGCUUCCUAGCUCACUGCAGGUUAGUGUAUCAUUUGUGAGAGUCGUUUAGUGUAAUAAUCAAAAUGCCUGCUAAAAGAAGACCCGUUCCCCUGAACAUUAUGCCCAUCGGGGAGGGACAGGCCACCUCAAACACCAUUGAUGCUGCAUCUGAAGCCAACCUUGAGGCCUUACAAAAGAAACUGGGUGAGCUGGACUUGGACGAGCAACAGAGGAAACGACUGGAGGCCUUUCUCACCCAGAAAGCUCAGGUUGGGGAGCUGAAGGAUGAGGAUUUUGACCCCAUAUGUGAGCUGGGCGCUGGCAACGGAGGAGUGGUCAACAAGGUCCGCCACAAACCCUCGGGUCUGGUCAUGGCUCGCAAGCUUAUCCACCUGGAAAUCAAGCCUGCCAUCAGAAACCAGAUUAUCAGAGAGCUGCAGGUGCUGCAUGAAUGCAACUCCCCCUACAUUGUGGGCUUCUAUGGGGCCUUUUACAGCGAUGGAGAGAUCAGCAUCUGUAUGGAGCACAUGGAUGGUGGAUCCUUGGACCAGGUCCUGAAGGAAGCCAGAAGAAUCCCAGAAGAAAUCCUGGGGAAAGUUAGCAUAGCUGUAUUGAGGGGAUUAGCCUAUCUGCGUGAGAAGCACCAGAUCAUGCACAGAGAUGUCAAGCCCUCCAACAUCCUGGUCAACUCUCGCGGGGAGAUCAAGCUGUGCGACUUUGGUGUGAGCGGCCAGCUCAUAGAUUCCAUGGCCAACUCCUUUGUUGGAACGCGUUCCUACAUGUCGCCGGAGAGACUGCAGGGCACUCACUACUCGGUUCAGUCUGACGUAUGGAGCAUGGGUCUGUCACUGGUGGAGCUGGCGAUUGGCCGCUACCCCAUCCCCCCACCAGACGCCAAAGAGCUGGAGGCCAUCUUCGGACGGGCCAUCAUCGACGGGGCCGAGGGAGAGCCUCACAGCAACAUGCAGAGGCCCAGACCACCAGGCAGGCCUGGGAGCGGACAUGGGAUGGACAGUAGACCUGCUAUGGCCAUAUUCGAACUUUUGGAUUACAUCGUGAAUGAGCCGCCCCCUAAACUGCCACAUGGAGUCUUCACCAAUGACUUCCAGGACUUUGUGACAAAAUGUUUGAUCAAAAACCCAGCUGAGAGGGCAGAUCUGAAGAAGCUGAUGAGUCACACGUUCAUCAAACGAUCAGAGGUGGAGGAGGUGGACUUUGCCGGCUGGUUGUGCAAAACCAUGGGCCUCAACCAGCCCAGUACUCCGACCCGCGGCACUGAGUGAACAGUCCCCCCCACUGCCCUGACACACCUCUGGGUCUUGCUUGCAUACACAUAACUAUACCGCACAUACACGUACACAAGCCAUCACACACAUUGGCACUUUUUCAUCUUGCUCUUGGGUAAAAAGGUUUUGCCCCCUCCCUCCCUUCCUCUCUCCCCAAAUUAUUUCCUCACCAGCAGCAGGGCCCGUUGAGUCAUUGUACUGUAAAACCACAGCUUCACCAUGCCAGUGUCAAAGAGUAGCCACAGAUCACUUUUCCGCACUGCUACAGAGGAUGUAAAGCACUGAAGGGCUGCCAGUGCGUCAGCUGAAUUUGCAUUGAUUGACUUCUUUUGUAUUGUUGAAUAUUCUGUAUUAAUCUUUUCUAUGGCAACAGAUGAUGGCUUGUGGGACUUGUAUUUUAAUAAAUUACCUGCUGUAGAGAUUUCCGAACUAAUCCGAACUCGUCACCUACUCGCAAAUUCCAAAUUGGGUUUUAUCGAAGGUGAAUGCAGCUGUUUUGAUUUAAAAUCCCUUUGUCACACUUAUUCAUGCUAAAGCGUUCUCUGCAGAGACCUUGUAGUUACCUCCGAUAUAAGAAUCAAAUUUGUUAGUGGAGAGUGCAAGACAAAUGGGCGUGUAAGGAGUCAUUUUCACUUUCUGGCAAAUGGGCGAUUGCUCUAAAGAUAACUUUGUGAACAAUGUCACAAACCAAAGAGGGUACUCACGACUUAACGUUUUUCAAUGCCUGAUCAGUUUUUUUCUGUAUGCACAUUCAUGAACAGUAUAUCAGUGUACUUUGAAUGUUUUGAUUUCUUUUUUUCUUUCAUUCAGUGAUCUACACUCUGAUUGUGUUGACAUUGUUUCCUCAGCACACAUUUCAAUACGCAUCCCACAUUGUGUCUCUCACACGGGAGGAGGCAUCACGCUGUGGAGACCUGAUAUAUGCCAGAAUGUCGUUAUUGACAUUGAGAAAACAAUGAUCAAAAUGUAUUCAUGGGAUGAUAUAGCAUGGUUUAUUAUCUUUCUAAUACUGUAUGUGUAUUUUAUUUCCCAAGAUCAUGAUGGGUAUGAUUAGCUGGUGUUUUUAUCAAAAGCCUGAAUCUCUGUAAUGUCAAUAUGAAUUUUCAAUCACGUUGACUAAUUUAACUUUUUUUUUCUCUUUGUUGUUGGUCUGUACUUCCCUCCCCUGAAGUGUAUUUGGUUAUGUUUUCACUGUACUGCUACGUGUGGCGCUCCAAGCUUUCUCUUGGGACACAACCAGCCUAGAGACGUGCUUUUGGAAACGACUUGGGUUGAAAUACAUUUGAAAACCUGUUUCCCUGUGAUUUAACCCGGCAAAUUGUGGUGAAAAAUACAACCCAACAUUGAGUGGCACUUCAGUAGUACAAAGGGUUUGACUGAACAUUUUAACCCAGGUCAGUGUUGGUCACAUGGUGGUGGUGUUACUUGCUAGCCUGCCGUCUUGCUAGAGCUCUUGUAUUCUCUCUGCUUAUGGCUGCCCUUUCUUAUUCCCCAAAAAAUGUGCAUUCGUUCAGAGCAAAAAUGAAUGCAUUGUCACUUGUAUGUGUACAAAGCUAUAUACAAAAAUUACAGGAGUACUAUUUUGCAGUCUUAAUAUACAAAUUUUUGAUUUAUGUAAAUGACAAGGGAGAAGAGUCAUUUUAUUAUAAUAUAAAAAUGUGUUGGAUAUGGUUAUAAUGUAUAAAAAGAUUAAAAUAAAACUUAUUUGUGAAUGUA